UCGUGACUGUCACGUGAUGAAGUCAGCUGAAGCGGAGUAACAAAAAAAUAAGGAAAACAAAAAUGUCAACUAAAGACACAGAGAAAACUCCGCUGAUCAAAACGUAUGACGAACCCGAAGUGGAGCUCGCGGGGUGUGGGGCGACGCUACCAUGCAACCCAAAACGAGGGCUUCAUCGAUAUCUUAUCCUCAUUAUUAUGUGCUUCCUAAGUUUUGGGAGCUACUUUUGUUACGACAACCCUGCAGCCCUACAGGAUAACAUGACACGAGACCUGAGUAUCUCAGUGAGCCAGUUCAUGGGGUUCUACGCCUGGUACUCGUGGCCCAAUGUGAUCCUCUGCUUCUUUGGAGGCUUCCUCAUUGACCGGGUCAUGGGUGUGCGACUGGGAGCUGUCAUCUUCAGCUUGUUUGUGACUGCUGGACAGGUUGUUUUUGCACUAGGAUCCUUUGCGAACAAGUACUGGCUGAUGUGUGCUGGGAGAUUUAUAUUUGGAAUUGGCGGUGAGUCCCUCGCAGUGGCACAGAACACGUAUGCUGUGAAAUGGUUUCAAGGGAGGGAACUCAACAUGGUGUUUGGACUGCAGCUGAGCUUUUCUAGAGUGGGUAGCACUGUGAAUAUGAAUGUAAUGCAGCCUCUGUACACCUUCAUAGAGAAGUGGUCUACAGGAUACAAGUGCCUGGGAAUUGCACUGCUUGUUGGUGCUGUGAUGUGUAUCCUGUCACUGUUGUGUGCCCUGGCACUGGGUUACUUUGACAAGAGAGCUGACCGGGUCUUAAAGAGAGCCAAGAUUUCAACUGAUGAGAUGAUACGUAUCAGGGACGUGAAAGACUUUGGCUUCAAGUUUUGGCUGCUCUGCGUCAUAUGUGUGGCGUACUAUGUGGCAGUGUUCCCUUUCAUUGGGUUGGGACUUGUCUUCUUUGAGAUGAAGUGGGGUCUUGAACCUGGUACAGCCAACACUGUGAACAGUUUGGUGUACAUCAUAUCAGCAAUUGCCUCCCCUUUGUUUGGGUUCCUCAUUGACAAGAUUGGCAAGAACGUGUUUUGGGUGAUACUGGGUAUCACUGUGACCAUCGGGUGUCAUGCCCUCAUGGCCUUUACAUUUGCCUCACCGUUUGUAGCUAUGUCCAUCCUAGGUCUAGCAUACUCCGUGCUGGCCAGUGCCCUGUGGCCCAUGGCCUCCAUGGUGGUAAAACAACACCAGCUGGGAACCGCAUACGGCAUAAUGCAGGCCAUACAGAACCUUGGUCUGGCCACGAUAGCCAUCGCCGCGGGCAGCAUAGUGGACACCAAGGGAUACCUCAUACUAGAAGUGUUCUUCCUAGCCUGGCUGUGCAUUGCGCUGAUAGCUGCGGUGCUGCUGUACCUGAUAGAUGAGGCUCAGGGAGGGGUACUGAACAAGUCAGCAAAACAGAGGAGAAAGGAACGGGAAAUUCUGGAAGAGGAGCAGAAGAGAGAAAAAGAGGCCAUUAACUAAGUGAUGGGGGUCACAAGUAGGCGAUCACAUUCCGAUGUAAUCACUAACAAUCGGUCAGGUCCUGAUGAAAAGACGUGCUUAGAAAGAGACACUGGCAUUGAAAAGGAGACACCUUUAAUUAUUUGUGUAACUUCUCAGGUUCAAAUACUCAAACUUUACUUUUGGUAAGGGACAUUUUAACUGAUUUCAUACAAUACUGCAUGAUUACAGGUUUUGUUGUUUUGAAUUGUGUAUAACUUUUUUUACUGAUAAAACUGAGGACGUGCGACCGGUGCCAUUUACUUCUCAACAUUUUGAAAUAGUUAUUUUGUUUAUGAGGCUACUGUUUAUUAGGAAAUUACUUAUUUUUUCGUCUUUUAAAUACCUCUUGUUCUGGAUUGUGUUAUAAUGAACAAUGUAUGUAUACUUUUAUUAUUAUAGAAAGGUUAUAUUAAAUAUUUUUCCCUGUCUCAUGUUUGAGUUUUCUUCUUUUUGUUUUUCAUUAAUUUUACGUAAAUAAUUAAAGCAAUCUGUUUUAUUAAGGUCAAAUUUUUCUUCUAUGGAACUUGUUUAUUGGUAGUAGGGUUGUUUUGGUCGUUUUGUUAAUUUUGAUUUAUUUUAGGACUAUUGUUUAUACAAUUCACUUAUUCAUGGUUUACAUAAUGACAAGUCUGUAUGCCUUAUGUGCUUCAAACUUGUUCACAUCAUGUUUGCUUAAUGUUAAGCUAUGUGAAUAAAAAAAGAAAACACCAAAAUAAGGGAUCAUUUGUAGAAUCGAUGGUUUAUUUUAGUCCUUGAGUUAAUCCUACAUUGUAUUUGCAUGCACUGGUCUCUGCUUUGUUGGAAGUUUGGAAUUGCUAAGAUUGGUUUACAUUUUAAUUUUGUAAAAACAUAUCUUGCUAUUUAACAUAUGAAAUCAUAUUUAAUAUCAAGAUUUUGUGCCCAAAAAAACUAAACUUGCUAUCUGUGUGAAUGUAAUAAUGUACACAAUUAAAAAAAAAUGUUUUUAAUCAUGGCAAUAAAAUUGCUGUGUAUUAAUAUAUGAAUCACACUAACAGGUUCUAUUCUAGUUCUCUAAAAGACUUCACAUAGCAAUCAUAACAGUGUUGAACAGUCGUUGCAACUAACAAUCUAUCAGCAAAACCUCAUUGGAUGUAGUUUGUUUCAGUUAAUUUUUUGGAAAUAUAACUCUCAAAUAAACAUGUAUUUUUAAAACUAAAAUAAAUGUGUGUUUAUUGCUUAUGUUUUGUUGUAUGAAUAAUAUAAUAAAGUUAGUACUCAAUUUCAUUAUUAUAGAAGCAUGAACUAGAUAAAUGUGUUUAUUAUAGAUAAGUAUAUACAUAUGUAUAUACUUAUCUAUAUAUAUAUGUAAAAAAAAAAUCAGAUGAAUGAAGGGAAAUAUUUAUGUACGACAUUCCUGAAACUUUAUGCUCCCACAUAGCAUAUGAGAAUUUUGAAUACUGGUUACCAAUGCAUUUUUUACAGUAACUUCUUGUAUAUAUUGUUUUCUUCCGCUGUAAAAUUUAUGUUAUAUACAUGUUAUUCAUAAUGUAUUAACAUAGGCAGUUCACAGCUAGAAUAUUUUAUUAAUUAUUUAGUAACAAUGCAAAAAGUUCUAUAAUUUUAUAUGAAUUAUUUAAUAAAAGUACAAAAGGUC